AAGUGGAGUGGGUGGGAAAUCAUCCACCUGAGUUAUAAAUGGAUCAUCAUCCCAUUUCUGAUCAUCACCUGGCAGAAAAAGAAGACCUUGAAUUUUCCCCACACUUUGAUUAGAUUGAGACUCUUCCCAGACUGCGCCUCACUGAAUCCUCCUUCACUGAGAAGCUGUACGGCUCUGGAAUUCUGCUGUGAUGCUGGUGUGAGCGGUGGGAAACCGGUGUGAGCGGUGGGAUACUGGUGUUAGCCAGGGGAUAUUGGUGUUAGCAGUGUGAUAUUGGUAAUCAAGCAGGAUUCUGCUAUGGCCACCACCGUGACAGCCGGCUCAGCCGGCCCCAUCACCAUCAUCAACAGGUUCAUCACCCAGCCCCACACGACCAGUGCUGCCAUCCCGGCCAAACCGCAGCCCCUGGAGAAGUUCCACAAGGGGGAGCCGCUGGCCCUCGGGAUCACCCAGAUCCUAGUUGGAGCCGUGCAGUUUGCUGUCGGGGUGGUGAUGGCUAUGGUCAACUCCUAUUUGUGGAUAAUGGCAUUGAGUGUGCACGUCCCGAUAUGGAGUGGGUUGCUGUACAUCAUCUCGGGGGCCCUCUCAGUGGCGGCUGCAAAGAAUCCCAAGAUACAACUGGUGAAAGGCAGCCUGGGAAUGAACAUCAUCAGCUCGGUGCUGGCCGGAUGUGCCAUGAUCCUGUACCUGAUCAGCUUGAUGGAAUCCAGGCAUCAGAACAGGUGUAACUGGUACCCGGAGGAAUGCAUGGCUUUUAAGGUAACCAUGGCCUGCAUCAUGGUUCUGUUCCUGUUCACCUUCUUGGAAUUCGUUGUCUCCAUCUCCACUGCGGCCUUUGGGUGCAAAGCCGUAUGCCGGAACAGCUACAGCGAAGUGUCUGUGGUCAUUUACCAGAACAUGGUGCCUCCAGGUGAUCCAACUACUGCCACCAACACCCACACUGACGCUGUUGCCUGCACUCCUCCCCCUUACACGGACAUCGCCACCCCAUGAGCUGCUCCCUAGGGCAGCCACUGCCUGGAUCACCACCUCCCUACAUACCGUGGAGACCAAAGCAGCAGAAUGGGAACUGGUCAUAGCUCCUCGCUCCCGACACUGAGCCUGCUGAACCCCAUGCACUGACCAC